AUGGGUAGAAGGGAAGGAAAAGAAUCAGUGGUGUCGACAUGGAUCGGAGCUAGUGGUCGCCACAUAGGUGCUCAUCUUGGAAAGUUAAAGGUUGAAGUAGAGCUGCAUCCUACAUUCGCAAACCCCUUCCGAGUGCUCAAAGAGCCGCCAUUCGAGUUGGAAGAAACCGGUUAUGCAUCAUUUACGCCAAAACUUAUUAUCUACUUCAACACACCUCAUGCUAAGCCAUAUCCUGUGCAAUAUGACAUGAAUCUCAAACUUGAGAAACAUGCAUUCCAUCAGCAAGAAAUGACAUUUGCUAUGUCGGAUGUAACGCCAUCGUUUCUCGAGUUAGUGCGACGCUUUUGUGGAUCCACAGAUGGGAAGAGGAAGAAGCGUGAUGCCGAGACGUCAGGAAAUCGCACGAAAAAGUCUAAACAGGACGAAGCAAAGAGUCACAAUGACCAUAGUACGAAAGAGGGCAAAGAAAGCGAGAAGAAAAAGGAUUAUGGACGAGACAGUGAGAAGAGUAAGAAGAAGUCAAAGCGCUCAUCCAAGGAAAGUGAAGGAACUGAUCGUGAAGUGGUUCCUGCUCGUGAUGCUUCACCAGAGUCAUCACCUAUGGACACGUCAACUCUUCGUCUAACAAUAACGCCUCAACGUCCCGUCAAGGUGGCACCGAACAAGGCUGAAGAUCGUGGUAUGGACAGCUCCAGCGAUUCGUCUUCUAUGUAUGAUUCUUCUCCAUCGUCUUCGUCUUCUGUCGGAGCGUCCAGCCCUCCAUCCUCUCGAAGAGCACUGCCACUUCCUGAAUUGCAUCGCCGUUUGACGUCUCUCACAGACGAAAAUUUGAUAUUUAGAGUUGCUGAAAUUCUGCUUACACACCCCACAUCGACUACGAUGUUGCUGCCUUCGAAGCCGAGUAUCUCAUUCGAUCUCACAUCAGCAGAUGCUGCUCUUAUUGCUAAGCUAAGUCAUGUACUUAUGAAGACCGAGUGA